UUACUUGAGUGAAAGUUUUUAUAAUUUUUUUGUAGUCUUUUGUUUAGAACAUUCGAGUGAUUAAUUGUGAUUGCAGUUAUCAUAAUAUAGCUUUUAAAUAGUUAGAGAUAAUGUCGUGAAUGUUAAAUUGGAAUUUUAUUUGUUACUAGGUAGUAGGUAAAUACGAAUUUUAUUGAUUAGUUGGAUUUUUAAAUAUUACUGGCUAUGGCAGAGAUAACAACAUUAAGAUACAGACGAAAAAACAAUAUAAUCGAACUUGCCAAGAAUCUCGAUGCAUUCAAAAAAGUUCCGGAGAAGUAUACGGAAACAACAGAAAUAGGUGGAACAUUGUCUUUAUUAAGUCGAAUAUUGGUUGUGUAUCUGAUAUACAAAGAAGUUUCAUACUAUUACGAUGCUAACCCAGUUUUUAAGUUCAAGCCAGAUCUUGAUAUGGACGAUAAGGUACAAUUCCAUGUAGAUAUCACAGUAGCCAUGCCAUGCACAUCACUUUCUGGAGUUGAUUUAAUGGAUGAAACACAACAAGAUGUGUUUGCUUAUGGAACUUUACAAAGAGAAGACACUUGGUGGGAAAUGAGUGAUGAAGAAAAGAGCAAUUUUGAAUUAGUCCAACAUAUGAAUAUUUUUUUACGAGAGGAGUACCAUUCUGUUGCUGAUAUUCUGUUUAAGGAUAUUCUCAAAAAUACUGAUGCAAGUGAUGUUCCGAUAACACCUAGGAAAGUGAAAGAAAAUGAACAACAUGAUGCUUGCCGUUUGCAUGGGACACUUGGAAUUAAUAAGGUUGCCGGUGUAUUGAAUAUAGUUGGAGGAAGUACUCCAAUUGUAGAACUUGUAGAAGAUCAUUGGAUGAUUGACUUUAAAAGAACUCCACUAAACUUUACCCAUCGGAUCAAUCGUCUUAGCUUUGGUAGCUUCUCCCGACGCAUCGUACAGCCAUUGGAAGGAGAUGAGCGGAUUAUUGAUGAAGAAUCUACUACUGCGCAAUAUUUUAUUAAAAUUGUACCAACAGAAAUUCAAAACACCUUUUCAACAUUUAAUACAUAUCAGUAUUCAGUUACUGAAAAUAUUCGCAAGCUAGAUUCUUCAAAAAACUCAUACGGCUCACCAGGAAUCUAUUUUAAAUAUGAUUGGUCUGCUAUAAAGGUCAUUGUGCAGAGUGACAGGGACAAUGUGGUGCAAUUUGCAGUCAGACUUUGUUCAAUAAUCGCGGGAAUAAUUAUUGUUUCAGGAAUCAUCAAUUCUCUUCUAGUUGGUGCUCACAAAAUGAUCUUAAGUAUUAUGGCUCCCCAGGUUUUAAAACAUGAAUUCCGGACUCCCCUUUUAACAGACAUCCCUCAGCAAGUAGCAGUGGAAAAUAAUCUCAUCAGCAAUGCAAACAGAAUGGCAUCAAAUGUAAUGCCGGUGAUGACAGUAUCUCAACAAAAUUUUACCUCUCAACCUAAUAAACUUUAGUUCUAGAAUUUCGAAUAAAAUAUUUAAAUUAUAACGCCUCAAAAAUAAAAUAUAUAUUUUUUAUUUAAAAACAAAAUAAUUUUAAA